AAAAUUAUACGGUAAUUCUUAUCAUAUAGUGGGUAAUACUAAGAAUAUCAUAGUUAUAUGGCAGUAUAUGGGAGUGGUAGACCAGUGAACCGAAGGAAACGGUUCAGACUGUCGCUGGUACUGAUAUUCUCUAGUGAUGAGGAACAAUUUCCUGAUUCUGAUACAAAUCCUAUCACUACGAGUAGUGAAAAAUUAAUGAUAGCCAUAACUAAAACUACUAAUGAUACUUCUCGAACUCAAUUGAUGAAUGAUGAAUUAUUACCGUCGGUUAGAUUAGUUAAUAAAAGGAGAUCUACUCCAUAUACUGACACUAGUGAUAUAGUCGAUGAAUUAACUAAAUCUCCUACUAAAUAUACUAAAGUAAUUAAUGUAAUUCAAAGCUCACCUACUAGAAGAGCUGAUUCUACAUCUGUAAGUCCAGUUGUAUCAAAACCACAAAAGAGGUUGAUAUCUCAAUUACUUGAGCUUAAACUGGAACCGAUACUGAAACUGAUUACUACUACACCCAUAUCUCGAUCCAAGCCUAAAGGGGUAACUGUAUCACCUCAAGUAACUCCAAAGGAAAGAGAUGCAUGGGAUGAUUUAUUUGAAAAUAUAGACAACAACAGCAGUAGUAUACAAGUACCACUGUCAAUUAGACAACCCCAUAAUCAUAGACUGAGUGAUAGUCCCAAAUCAGAGGCAGAGGCAGAGUCUGAGUCUGAGUCUGAAUCAGAGUCGGAAUCAGAUUCUGAUCUUAUCCAUAAUCUGGUCGAAUUAGAGUCGAGCCUUAUUGAUUUACAACAGAUCUAUAAUUCCUUUGAUAAUGGGAAUGUGAAUGAGAAUGACAAACAACUCAAUGAAGAUCACCGACCUGUCUCUAAACCUAAGAGUUAUACACGUGUGAAAACCUAUAGUAACGAACGAACUUAUUUAUAUGUUGAAAAAGAUCUUGAAUCUACCAGCAAGGAAUACACGAAAUUGAUAAGUGAUAAACAUGAUUAUCAAGACGAUUAUCUUGAUGAUAAUGGAGAUGAUGAAGAUCAGACUAAUAAUAAUAAUAAUAAUAAUAAUAAUAAUAAAAAUAAAGGUGCAAUUAAUAUUAAUGAUUUACGAAGAUUAGGAAAAGUUAAUGAAGUAAAAGAUAGUGUGGAUUAUUUACUUGAAGGAUUAUACUUACAACUGAAGACUGGAUCUCAGAUAAAAUUGGAAUCGGCUAAUUCAUUCCUUAUAUCUACUUUACUUGAUUUAUAUAGUCAAGUAUAUGAUCAAUUAACUAAAAGAUGUGAAGAAUUUGUAGUGGAUAACUUUAAUUUGGUUAUACCAAAGUUAUCCACCAUAGUUAAGCAAUUAAAAUCCUUACCAUUAUCUAAUGGUAAACAAAUUAUAAUAAAUUUAAUUAGUAAAAUAUUGAUUCAGUAUAUUAUUUUAGGAGGGACUGAAUUAAUUAUCCCUUAUUUUAAUAAUAUAUUACCAAUAUUACUUAAUAAUUUAUUGAAUUCAAUACCUAUAAAUACCGAUAAUUUAAAUGGAUUCAAUCGUAAAAGAAUUCUACAAAUAAAUAUGAAUGGUCAAGAUAUGGGUGAAGAACUUAUAGGAUUAUUAACCAAUUGUGUUGAAUUUCAAACUGUUGAAAUAUUUAAUUUAAUUUGUAAGUAUGAAUUAGAAAGUAAGAAUGUGCUUAAUUAUUAUGAAGCAUAUUUUGACAAUGGUGGUGAAAUAACUGAUUUAUCAAGUCUAUCUAAACUCUUUACUAAAAGUAUACGGAAUAUUUAUAAUAGUCAAGUUAUUAAUGAAAUUGAUGUACAAACUAUUAAAGUAUUAGUGAUUUUAACUACUAAUUAUUCAUAUGAUGAGCAUGAAAUUGAAUUGCAAAAUAUAUAUCAAUCACAAUAUAUAACAUUGCUAAUAAGUUCUAUACCCAAAUUAUUUGAGAAAGAUACUGAUACCUGUUUAAAUCUAGUAUUAUUUAUAUGGGGAUAUUUAAUAAAUCUUAUAGAAACUUCAAUCCCGGUGGAGAUAACUUCAAAUAUUAUCGAUAAUAUUAAGUAUUUUACUAAUUUAAAUAAAACUGUAUCAAACAGUAAUAACAAUAAGAAAGAGUUAUACAUUCAUUUAAUGGGAUACAAUUGUAUGUUCAUAAGUUAUCUACAGUUGAAACAUUAUCAUAAGCAAUUAGGAAUAAGCAUUUCCGAAUUGCAAUCUGGAUUAAAACAGUUCAAAAUGAGUAUAACCAAUGAGGGAAUCAUCCACAAGAUAGAUUAUCUCACGGAAGAAUUAGAUAGAUUAACAUAGUAAUAAAAAAAUAGGUCUAGUAUAGUAUAGGUAAUAGUUUAUAAUGAUUACAUGAACAAGUAUAUUAAUAAAAAAACUGAAUACGUAUAUUGUAGUUGAACUAUUUGAAAGCUGAAUAUCAUUAAAAAAUCACAUUACACAUUAUUGAGUGUCAAUUGAUAUG